AUGGGUCACAGUCCAACUCCUAGAUGUAUUAUUGUCAGACAUGGCCAGACCGAGUGGUCUAAGUCCGGUCAGUACACCGGUUUGACUGACUUGCCAUUGACUGACUAUGGUGUUGGCCAAAUGCUGAGGACCGGUGAGUCUAUCUUCUCCAACAACCGUUUCAUCAACCCUGACCACAUCACAUAUAUCUUCACUUCUCCAAGAACCAGGGCCAAGCAGACCAUUGAGUUGGUUUUGAAGCCAUUGAGCGAGGAGCAAAGGUCUAAGAUCAAGGUUAUUGUUGACAAUGACUUGAGAGAAUGGGAGUACGGUGACUAUGAAGGGCUAUUGACCAAGGAGAUUGUCGAGCUGCGUAAGUCCCGUGGUUUGGACAAAGCUCGCCCAUGGAAUAUCUGGAGAGAUGGCUGUGAGAACGGUGAAACUACUGAAGAAGUCGGUUUGAGAUUGUCUAGAGUCAUCGCACGUAUCCAAAACCUGCACAAGAAGCACCAGGAACAAGGCAUACCAUCUGAUAUCAUGGUGUUUGCUCAUGGACAUGCUUUGCGUUACUUUGCGGCCAUCUGGCUACGUCUAGGUGAAGAGAAAGAGUGUAUCACUGCUUUCUCUAAGCAGAAGGUUAAGUCCUAUGAGGAGGAUGAGUCUGUGGUCCCAUACGUUGAGAUUACCAAGUUCAGACACUUGGUGGACAACCCAUUCUUCUUACUUGACGCUGGUGGUAUCGGUGUAUUGUCUUAUGCCCACCACAGCAUUGAUGAACCCGCCUUGGACCUAGCUGGUGCGUUCAUUUCCCCACCAGAGGAAGAGUCCCAACACGCUCCAGUUCCAAACAAGAAUUACUGA